AUGAUGCAGCUCAGCCGGACUAAUGCAAUCAACAGAUUGGAUUUUGAACAAAGUAGCGGGAGGGACAGGUAUUGGGGAUGCAAAUCGUUCUGGAUUUCGAGGGUGGAGAGCGCAGCCAGUGGUGGAGAGCUGGGCGUUGUUGGCGCUGGAGAGGAUUCCCGGCCGAUUGUUUGGCGACGCGGUUGGUGUGCUUGGAAGGAGCUGCCGUUUAAAUUCCUGGAAAAGAAGAGAACAGAGUAG